CCGGGCAAAGUGGGCUAUGAGUAGAAUAACCACUUCUGCUUGUUGAACUAUUGAGGAGAUCGACCUCAAGUUUACCUACUGCGCCUGUGCAUUUUCUUUUCCGUUUCCGUUUUCUUAAGCGGUCCGCCGAGAGUUGCUAAGCCCUAGCGGCUGGGUUACUGUAGGUUGCCGCUGGCGUAGGAGUCGCUGGCGUCCCACCUUGUUUGGAGAAGGGGUCAGGGUUGCGGACAGUCCUGAAGUGGAAGAAAGGGAAGUAAAGUAUCGUUUUCCGUAGCGGUUGUGGACCAGGAGUAGCCCAACCACAGGCUUCGUUAAAUAUAUAACUGACAGUGAGGAUUACUAUUUGGAUGAUUUCAAGAUGAGCUUCCUGUUGCCCAAGCUAACUAGCAAAAAAGAAGUAGACCAAGCAAUAAAAAGUACUGCAGAGAAGGUGUUGGUCCUCAGGUUUGGGAGAGACGAGGAUCCUGUCUGUCUGCAGCUAGAUGAUAUACUUUCUAAGACCUCUUCUGGCCUGAGUAAAAUGGCUGCCAUAUAUCUGGUAGAUGUGGACCGAACUCCCGUUUACACGCACUAUUUUGACAUCAGUUAUAUUCCAUCUACUGUGUUUUUCUUCAAUGGGCAGCAUAUGAAAGUGGAUUACGGGUCUCCAGAUCACACUAAGUUUGUGGGAAGUUUCAAAACUAAGCAGGACUUCAUAGAUCUGAUUGAAGUAAUUUAUCGAGGAGCGAUGAGGGGAAAACUUAUUGUCCAAAGUCCUAUUGAUCCCAAGAAUAUUCCCAAAUAUGACCUCCUCUAUCAAGACAUUUAGCACAUUUACUACUGAAAGUUGAAGACAAAGGCACAUCUUGAAGCAGUACCUGAGCCCAGCUAUGCUCUCUUCCUGGAGCCCUUCAAAAAGGUGCUCAGCGUCCCAGCAGAGAAGACGUCUGACAGGAAAUACCCUGCCCCCAAGUAGAAGGCCACGCUGGUACCAUGAUUAGCAGGGGUGGAUGCUGAAAUGUCUGCUCCCUGCAAACCUCAGAGAAGUCAAGACAACCGUGGUCCGUUUUCCCAGCGUGAUUUUUUAAAUCUAUAUUGUGCUUCUCCUUAUUCCUUAAGAUGAUACAGAACCCUUCUAAACGUUGCCUAGUACAGUUUAAUUUAACUGUGUAUACUUGAUACCCAAGUAAAAUAGAAAAUCUGUUCCCACAAGAACAGAAACACUGCUUUUAUACACUAGAUGUACACACAUACACAACGCGCGCACGCUCCCCCUCGCCUAUUCCUCCGUGCAGAUAUUUAUCGCGUGCUCUCCCAUCUCCAGUCCCGUUAUCCCUGUUUCUCUUGGAUAAAUGAUUCUCUACUGAGAGUGGGCAAAUUUGUUUUAUUUUGGAAACUUUCUGGCUGAGACUUUUAAAACAGUAUCUCGGGGGGCGCCUGGGUGGCUCAAUCGGUUAAGCGUCUGCCUUUGGCUC